GGAGUGACCGAGUGCACACUACAGGAGAAAGGUAGAGAAUUGGGACGCACUGCAUAUCCUUCCAAAAUGACAGAACCAACUGUAUCCCACUCAGUAAAUACUCAGGUCAUGCAAUCACAUGAAAACUCUGAUAGUGACACGAGCCAACAAACAGAGUACAGCCUGCUGCAAGUGAACGGGGCAUGGAACAGACAGACUGGCGGACAGACUCAGAAGGAGGGACGGUUAUCAGCUGCUAAAAUUUUCCAGAGCACCUCAGAACAUGGCCUCUCCUGGACAGUGGUCAGCCCUAUUGUGUUCACCUACAGAGUGAUCCAAUGCCACAACCUGCUGGAUGUUGGGAAUGACACACUGCUAUGUGGUCAUAUAGAGGACCAGGAUGAGCUCAAGGCCUUCAGAAGCAACACCAAGCCCAUCAAACGCUUCAUUAUCAUUGAUGAGACAGUCAAUCAGCUCUAUGGCUCCCAGGUCACCAGGUAUUUUGAGGCCAGAAAUGUUCUUUAUAGGAUCCUCCCACUGCCCACUACAGAGGAGAACAAGUCCAUGGAGCUUGUGACCAGGAUUCUGGAGGAGGUCCACAAGUUUGGCAUAGACAGGCGCUCUGAGCCCAUCAUUGCUAUUGGAGGCGGGGUGUGUCUGGAUGUGGUGGGCCUAGCUGCUUCUCUCUACCGGAGGCGAACCCCCUAUAUCCGUGUCCCGACCACCCUGCUUUCCUACAUUGAUGCCAGUGUGGGGGCCAAAACUGGAGUCAACUUUGCCAAUGGUAAGAACAAGCUGGGGAGUUACAUACCUCCGGUCGCAACAUUUUUAGACCGGACCUUCAUCCGAACUGUUCCUCGCAGGCAGGUUUCUAAUGGAAUGGCAGAAAUGUUAAAGAUGGCUCUGAUGAAACACAGGGGCCUGUUUGAGCUCCUGGAGACUAAAGGCAAGUACCUAUUGGACUCAAGUUUCCAAUCCCAUGACAAGAUCAGUGGCUGCUGUGACCUGGAAGAUGCUGCCUCUUCCUCCACGCGGAUUGCCAUAGAAACCAUGCUAGAGGAGUUGGCUCCCAAUCUGUGGGAGGAUGACCUGGACAGACUGGUGGACUUUGGCCAUCUAGUCAGCCCUGAGCUAGAAAUGAAAGUGCUGCCUGCGCUGCUCCACGGGGAGGCGGUGAACAUUGACAUGUCCUUCAUGGUGUACGUGGCCCACCAGAAAGGGCUCCUGACAGGAGAGGAGAAGGCCCGGAUCAGCCACUGCAUGGUGGGUUUGGAGCUGCCUGUGUGGCACCAGGACUGCACUCUGGCCCUGGUGCAGAAGUCUCUGAGCGAACGACUGAAGCACUCUGCAGGGUCCCUGAGGAUGCCUCUUCCCACAGGACUGGGAUGUGCAGAUUCUGUCUCAUCUCUACAGAAAUCUUCCAUGAAAUCAGUGAUGAAAUCCUGUGCCAGGCUUUCAAGAUCUGGUGUGAUGAACUUGGUUCUUCUUGACAUCUGGAGAUAACAAUAUCCACACUGAAUACACUGACGCCAUGACGAGCUGGUGAAGAUGAAAGAGUGUGUUUCAUAUUCAAUAUGUUUCAGUCAACACACAUUUACUUGAAGUCUAAAUAUGAAUAAUAUAAAGUGCCUUCAGAAAGUGUUCACAUUCGUUGACUUGUUCCUAAUUUUGUUGUGUUACUGGCCGAAUUUAAAAUAGAUUCAAUUGAGAUUUCUUUG